UGCAGGGUAAUAAAUAAAUGGGCAACAUAUUAGGAAACUGAUUUCUUUUUUAUAGUUUUUCGUUUACGACUGCCGAUAAAAUGACUCUGGUCUCGAUGCUGUGAAUUUUUUGGAAAAAGAAAUUGUUGAUAUUUAUUAUGUAAUGGUUUUUCCAGGCAAAGGAAUAUCUCCUUUCCGGGUAUACUUAGUUUUGUUGAUAUUCUUAAUUUUUAAUAGCAUCUGUGAUACCACGAAGAAGAAGAAGGAACGGACUACGCUGGGUCCGAAUCAAAAAAGAAUCUGUCUUAAUUCGGAUUCGGACAAUUCGAUCAGAGCCAAACGUAAAGUAUGUUUACUGAGGCCUGACAACGGUCCUUGCAGAGCAGAUGUUAUAUCUUGGUACUAUGAUGCUAGGAAACGAAAGUGCUAUCGUUUUUUCUACGGCGGUUGCCAAGGGAACGGAAAUAACUUCGUCUCAGAAGAGAUAUGUAAAGAAACAUGUUACCUUAGCACCAGAAUGCGAGCUACACAUCAACCGUACUUUUGUCAGCUCACGUUUGACUAUGGAACCUGUUUUGGACAAUAUAAUCGAUGGCAUUGGGAUCACAUAUCUGGACACUGCAGACGACGCCUGUAUUCUGGUUGCGGCGGCAACCAGAACAACUUCGAGACGAAGCAGGAGUGCAUGGCCAACUGCCUGACGACGCCAAACAACACUUUAAACGUUGAAAGUUUGCGGUUCACCACUUGUAUACCAUUCACGUUAGCAGAGUUCAGUUAAAUAGAUUAAUUUACCAGUUGCGGCCGAUGCUAUUCCAAAAUCUCUAGGUCCAUCUUAGUUUUUAACAAAAGCUCCAUACAAUAAAUGUCCAAAAUCGAUCUUAA